GUGGUGGGUCUUCUUGUUUGGCAUGCUGACAUGUUGGCAGCCGUGUGUUUGCUCAGAUAGCAGAGUGGCUACGUGUGCGUGCUCUGAGGAGAGGGAGCAACGAAAGCUAGGACCUGCUGAUUGUAAAGUGGAAAACAGGACUACCGAGAACCGUGUUAUGAGGGACGCUAAAACAAAAGCUAUGGCUGGACCCAGGCCUGUGGUGUUUAGCGGCCCGUCCGGGGCAGGGAAGAGCACUCUGCUGAAGAAGCUCAUGAAAGAAUACGACGGUGUCUUUGGCUUCAGCGUCUCCCAUACAACAAGAAAUCCUCGACCUGGAGAAGAGAAUGGCAAAGAUUACCAUUAUGUCACACGGGAGGUGAUGCAGACAGCGAUUGACAACGGCGACUUCAUUGAGAAUGCCGAGUUUUCGGGGAACAUGUACGGGACGAGUAAAGCUGCCGUGCAAGCUGUCCAGGCCAAGAACCUCAUCUGCAUACUUGACAUUGACAUGCAGGGUGUGAGAAACAUCAAAAGGACAGACCUCAAUCCCAUCUACAUAUCUAUCCAGCCGCCAUCCAUGGCAGUCCUGGAAAAACGUUUGCGAGACAGAAAAACCGAGUCAGAGGAGAGCCUCCAGAAGCGUUUACGUGCAGCUCAGGUGGACAUGGAGUUUAGUAAAGAACCCGGUAUGUUUGAUGUCCUAAUUAUGAAUGAUAACUUGGAGGAUGCCUAUGGGCAGUUAAAACAUGUUCUUUCUGAGGAAAUCAGUAUGGUCAAGAAAGUCAACAUGUCUUCGUAGGAGACCGAAGCCUGAUACCUUCAAGUCUCGUCCAGCCACUCCUCACAAUACCACAGACCUUUAUUCCAGUCGUGAACAUUCCCUCAGAUGGUGGAUUGUGAAGCUCAGCAAAUAUCCUUAAUGGAUACACAAACAUUUUUUGGUUUUAUAUGGUGUAUAGUGGUAGUUAUUAACAAAAUACUACCACACUGUAAAGUAUAACCCUUUUUUUUUUAACUGAUAAGAAGUGCUUUCCAUAUUUGUAUUUUCACUUUAAGCUACUCCAAUAGUGCUCACUUGAUAUGUAAAUGGAAUGAUAUGCAGGAUGUUCUGUUAGCAGGGUUUACUGAACACAUAUAUAAUGCUUGCAGCUUUGUCCGCGCACCAACCAGGACUAACACAAACAGGGCGUAACAUAACUCAUUCUAUCAUGUGGAUAAACUUGUUUUUCACGGGUGUGUUUCUCGAUAUCUUGAUUUGUGGCAGCGAAUUAUGCUGUUCUUUGUGCCACCAGUCAUAUUGUGUUGAUUGGGAAAUAUAUUUACAGAGACAGAUAGUUCAUGGGGGAACCCCAUCUAAAACUUACAAUACAACUGAUUUCUGGAGAAAAAAAACUUUGCGGCUGUUUACUUGCAAGGGGUACAAGCAACUUAAUUUCACUGUUGAAAUAAUAAAACUGUUUCAGUGUUGGUAAAUGUUUUCUUUGGCAGAUUUUGUGUGAAUUGCCACAUGACUCCAUUAUAGUUUGGUUUGCUGGAUAACCAUUUUUACUGUUGUGCUCUAAAAGGAUCGCAUUUAUAGAGGUAGAAAAUGUUACAUAACAAAAACAAUAGUACAUCUAAUGUCAUAGAAUAUAGCUUUUAUUUUGGGGGGUCUAUAACAGAAUAAUUUUUCUUACAAUUGUAAAUUUAUGAAAACUUUUAUAUUGUGUAACUGUUAUUUUACAGCUUCCCCUGUACAGUGAAAUGGCAUUCCGUGUACUGUUUUGACUUAAGGAUUGGUUUUUAAAUUUGAGAAAAAUCUAA